AAAGCGGGGUCAAAUCCACCGUAGAGAAUCGUUUGAAGUCCGAGAGACAAUGCAACUUUCCUCUUCAAUCAACUGAAACCACCAUACUCCCCGACAGUGAAUACGACGAUUUUUUCUUUUGUUUUUUUUUUUACUUCUCGUAGACUUUGAUAUCUUACGUAAGUAAACAUCGGAUUUGGAUUUCAAGUCAACCACUGCUCUCAGCCAAUCUGAAUUCCGUGAUUUUCAUGGCCUGCUGAAAAUUGAAAUCCUCUGGAGAAGAAGAAAAACAGAGAGGUAAAGAAAUUGUUGUUCGGAGGGAGUUUGGUCAGAUUCCGGCGAAACGAUGGCUGUCGCCGACCGCCACAGGUCCGACGGGAAGAUGUGGAAGCUCUUUCCGUUCUGGCAAUCCGGAGCUGCCACCAGCAUCCACCAGAACGGCGUCGCGGGAUCCGCCGCCUCCCGCUCCACCGCCUCCGUCUCUUCCGUCGCCAGAUCGUUCCUUCCGGCUCGCCGCCGCCUCCGCCUCGAUCCGUCCAAUAAUCUCUAUUUCCCUUAUGAACCAGGGAAGCAGGUGAGGAGUGCGGUUAGGAUUAAGAAUACUAGCAAAUCGCAUGUCGCAUUUAAGUUUCAAACGACUGCGCCAAAGAGCUGUUACAUGCGGCCUCCAGGUGGGAUUCUUGAGCCCGGUGAAAGCAUCAUUGCUACGGUUGUUUCUAUCUGCUUGGCAGUCUUCAAAUUUGUGGAGCAGCCGGAAAACAACGAAAAGUCCAUGGAUCAAAAGAGCAAGGUGAAGUUUAAGAUAAUGAGCUUGAAGGUGAAAGAAGGAAGCGAUUAUGUACCUGAGAUGUUUGAUGAGCAAAAGGAUCAAGCAACGGUAGAGAGAAUCUUGCGUGUGGUGUUCCUGGAUGCUGAGCAUACUUCUCCAGCAAUGGAGAAACUAAAGCGUCAAUUGGCCGAAGCUGAUGCUGCAGUAGAAGCUCGCAAGAAGCCUCCGGUUGAUACAGGCCCGAAAGUCGUGGGUGAAGGUCUUGUAAUCGAUGAAUGGAAGGAGCGGAGGGAAAAGUAUCUCGCUAAGCAACAAGUUGAGGCGGUGGAUUCGUCCUAGAGGGCUAAUAUAUAUUUUUUUCCAAUGUAAGUGCCUCUUUGAUUGAAAAGGAAAUACCGUACAAAAUCCUACCCCCGUUUAUACCCGGUUCGCCCCUUUUGAAGUCUCGAGUGGAGGAUGGGCAGUGUUGUGCUCUGUAAAGAAGAAUAAUGUAUGUGAGUGUUAUUUUUUGUGGAUUGAAAUGUUCUAAUUGGUCUCUUUCUUGCUCA